AACUAUUGGUUAUCACGUCGCUCACCCGAUCGAAGAAGGUAUGUUUAGACUUGCCAUCAUCGUCUUGGCUGAAGAGCACUUCAAAAGUUCGAAAAGCCCAAAUUUACACACAUCUAUCACAUGGAAUUAUCUUCAGUUUUUUUUUAACCUACCUAACCUUUUUAUGUCUAUUCUACCGCUUUUGUAGUACUUGAUCUGGCAACACUGGUCAUGUGCGAAUUCUCCAAAGUGGGGUUAUUUGCAAGCGCAGACUACUUACUUUUACCUAAAAACUAUUAUUAAUUAUUAUAAAAUUGUUAAAGGAUUAAGUGAAAAGGAUUGCCAAUCCUGAUUUCAUUGCGCAAUUAGCAGUUUUGAGUCGGAAAAGGCAGACAAAUAGGUUAUAACCUGUACUUUAUUUACUGACAAGUGGCUACUGAUAAAUGUAAGAUGACGGCCCCAAUGGAGCGAAUUCAACUGCUAGACUCCAUCGAGAAGGACAUAAUCACCUGUUUAAACAGCGCCGGUCAGGUGUUUUUGGAGCUCAGCAAAGAAAAGUCGAGCCUCAAACAGGCUGAAAACCACACACAGACCUUCCUGAAAACGCUUGGAGCGGUCGAGAACAAGCUGACCGAUCAGAUCAAUUACUUGACUCAAGUGUCGACUGGCCAGCCCCACGAAGGUUCCGGCUAUGCUUCGCAAAAAGUCCUGCAAAUGGCUUGGCAUCGACUGGAACAUGCUCGAUCGCGAGUGAACGAGCUGGAUAAGAUCAAGCUGAAGCAUUUCCAAGAAAGAGCUGCAGCUCAAGCGAAGAGGAUGCAGGCGCAGUCCCAAAUCCAGGCCGAUGUUGGGGCUGGCCAGGGCUCCGCUAUGAACGUGUCCCAUCCAAUGCAGUCGCAGUCCACAUGACAAUUGACCGAUUUGUAUCGCGAGCUCCUGUUUCGGAUGAUUGAGUACCAAAUGUGCAGCGCAGCCAAUAAGGAACCAGUCUGAUGUAAUGAAGGUGAUUUUUUUGAGCGAUCGACAUUGGUUUAUAAAACGAAUUAUUUUCAAACACUAAACUUCUGAAACAUU